UAUCAUGCGUUUGAUACCAAUAUAUACUAUGGGCAUGAUGGAUCUAUUGUACGAUAAGUGGUGUUAGUCAUGUCGAUGUACCUACUAAAAAGACGUGUCUCACGUCACGUCGUCGUUUGAUCAAUAAUAACUCUAGCAGAAUCGGAAUCUGUAGCUUGUGAAAAUGACUGCUGUUGAAUAGGAAAAGGGAGAUAGGCGGGAGCGGGAGACCAACUUGAAUGGGCUAAAAUCUGAAUAGUGGCCCAUACGUGGUAUAUUUCAACAAUACCAGCCACUAUAGCUUAGGUAAUUCAUGCCCAUUAUUAAUGAGCAUGUCAUUUACAGUGGCUUACAUAGAUUUAUUUCUUCAUUCCUUCUCUCUCAACUCAGCCUAAUAAAAAAUGGCCGAUAUCUUACAACCCUUCACUUCAUCGACUAUACUCAGUACUAUUGGCCUACUUACUAUCUCUACUCUGAUUAUUAAAGCAUUUUCUAUAAUUAGAAUUUAUACCCGCUCCUCUAAGUUGUCUAGAUAUGCGCAUUCGUCUCGGGACGGGGAGCAACCUUGGGCCCUAGUAACAGGCGCAUCUAAUGGCAUAAGCCUCGCUUUGGUUCGGGAGUUAGCUAUCAACGGGUUUAAUGUAAUACUGCAUGGACGAAAUUAUGAAAAGCUCUCUAGGGUAUCAUCCGAGCUUCAGAGCGAAUUUCUCCAAAGAUCGUUCAACCCUCUUGUAGCGGAUGCGAACGCUGUGGCAUGCGUAAAUUGCCUACGGGCUUCUAGGAAUGGCGAACCAGGCGGGUCAGCAGUACUAAACUUCACGGCCAUCAAGCAAAUGCUUAACGGUCUCAAUCUCACUAUGCUCAUAAACAAUGCCGGAGGAAAUCCAGUUGGUCCGAACUUGGUGCCUUUGAAGGAUAAAGCAGAAGAUAGAAGCAUUGAAAAUAUCAGUCUCAACGCCCUAUUUCCGCUACACCUGGCCCGCACGCUUCUCCCCAACUUGAUCCAGAACGCACCAUCGCUCCUCAUCAACAUUGGUGCCAUGUCUGAUCAAGGCUUGCCAAGUUGAUACUAGGGCGCCGAAGCCAAGACGGAAGGAGCAUCGGGCGGCUAAGCGCCAAGGCCCGUUGGUGUAACGGCGAAGAACUGGGGCUUGAGUUGAUUAACCUAAGGUACCUAGCGAUGGCGCGGGCAUCACUGUUUGCUGUUUCCCGUGGCCUCACGAAAAAUGACCGUCGCACCGUUACUUCCUUCGAUACCAGGUUAGUGCAUCGCAACUGCACUCAAGGUCUAGGUAGGCUAUAGUUUCUAGCAAAUUUAGGUACUCACUCCCCACAAAUUUGUUCAAGGGUAAUAACAGCAUUCGUAGGCAGCGACCGGAUGCCUUAGGUA